AGACUUAUUUUAGCGCUCGGGGCGAGCAGAUCACGUUUCCGCGUCAUCCAAACUUUGGAGAGCUCAUAUUUAUUCCGGUUGUGAAUUGUUUUAGCUCCAAGUGAGGUUCAUGUUCUAGUCUGUUCGACGUGGGUACUUUUCGUGUUGUUCUGUUCGUGGUUCGUUGAAAACAUUCAACUAAACAAAGCUCGAAAUCGAGCUACUGGAAUCGUACUGGUCGCUCCAGUCAACAAAUACACGUCUUCAAAUGCUUGGAAUUAAUGGACGCGAUAGAAUUUUCUCUACGCUAAGAAAGGAAACAUAAUACGAACAUUCAAGGUUGAUGAGUUCUGUAAUAAGGAAAUCAUAGCUUUCUUUAUAAAGUAGGAAAGCGGUUUGGACUGACAAAUAUUGCUCAUGUUAAAAUGGCCGCUCGAUUUCAGCGGCAGCAGUGCUUUCUCUGCGAUUUGCCACACUCACCCUGGGCUGUCUUACAUGAUUUCUCCGAACCAAUUUGCCGCGGAUGUUGUAAUUAUGAAGGAGCAGACAGGAUUGAAGAGGUUAUCCAAUAUGUCCGCAUUUUGAGAAGAAAUUGGGAAAAAGCUGAAGGUAAUCGUUCUCGAAAUUCGAAGAGCGAAAGAUUGAAUUCAACCGGUUCAUCGGUCUCUUCAACUCCAAGUCCACCUCCUUCACACGGACUAUCAAAUAAUGGCGGUCCAAACUUCCCUGUCUCAGCAGAGCAUAGAAGGAUGUUGGGUAAAUAUCAAAAUGUUCCCAAAGUCGAAGAUGGAGUAGAUCCUGCUUCGUAUCAAAAUGUGAGCGGUCCCUAUCCCAAAAUAAGCUCUCCUGAAACAACGAACGGCUCAAAAGCUGGUGGUAAUCGAGCAAUGGGGAAUAUCGGUGGUCGAGAGGGGGAAAGGAGAGCGAAUUUUUACGAGGAUACACGUCACAGCAUGUUAAACGGAAGUGCAGUCAGAAAUCAUCAAGGCCAAGUGAUUGCUCCACCUCUAGGACAACCUCACCUUGCAUUAGAAGUCCCAAGACAAGAAUACAUAGCUCAUGAGACUAUUAAUAUUCUUAACAGAACAGUGCCAUUUGAUAUACGUUUCAAGAAGGAUCACAACUUAGUAGGUAGAGUUUUUGCAUUUGACAUCAGUAGCAAACUUGGCCAGGAACUUGAAAUGAAGUUGUUGAUGGAAUAUCCUCGUGGUUCUGGUUGUGUUUUUCAAAGUGCAUCUAGAUUGGCAAAGCAAAUGCAUGUUGAUUCAUCUAAAGAGUAUGGUAGAGGGGUCUCGUCAGGAUUUAAGUACAUAGAAUAUGAGAAGGAUCGUUCCAAAGGAGAGUGGAGGAUACUUGGGGAAUUGCUUUUAGAGUCCGUGCGACUCUUCAAAGAACCUGUCAUUCAAGAACUAUUACCUCUACGGAAGUUUGAACCAGAUGAUCCUCCAAUACCUGCUGUUAACUUGAGCUUUAAUCCCAGACCUGGAGCUUUGUAUGGUCGUAAAAGAAAAGGCACAGAUAUAGAUGAGUAUGAACCAGGAAGGCCAGCUGGAAUGAUGGGGCGUUUUACCAAGGAUGACAUGAUGCAUCCAGCAGCAGGUUGGGUCCAUGGUCCAGCUGAAUAUGGCAAGCUGACAGGCAGCGGAGCAGUGUUUCCUGGAACACCAAUCAGUAGUAUACCAUCUGCAUCCGUACUACCAAUGGUUUCUACACCUGUUACUAAAGGUAAUGUUAUUCCAUUACCUGUCAGUGAUGGCCUUCUCCAUUCACAAACCAAGUCUCCUAUCAACGCUGUCCCUGGAAGGCUUGAUGAAUCUGUUGUUGGCAUAGACUGUAGAUCUGCCCUAGGCAUUCAAGCAACACCUGCUAGUGCUGCUGGUUGUGUUUCACCAAGUUGUCGGUCUCCGAGACCCCCAAAUGGACCAAUCUCCAAAUCUGCAGAGACACAAAGUGGUGGACCAGAAGGCGAAGGAAAAGACAGAAACCCAGGAUCUGGAACAAAUAUCUUGAGAUGCAGUUUAUGCCGUGACAAGCUUGAAGAUACCCAUUUUGUACAGUGUCCUUCCAUUGGGCAUCACAAAUUUUGUUUCCCAUGCUCCAGGGACAGCAUCAAAAAGCAAGGAGCAGGAUCAGAAGUGUUUUGCCCAAGUGGAGAAAGAUGCCCACUUCAAGGAAGCAACUUGCCAUGGGCUUUCAUGCAAGGUGAAAUAGCUACUAUAUUAGGAACAGAGUUCACAGUCAAAAAGGAAAAAGAAAAUUGACAAAGGAAUUAAAAGCUUCCUGAUUAACUUUAAAAAACUUAGUGAAACAUAGCAAACUCAUCUUAUAAUUAUUAGUUUAGAUCACAAAGCUGUUAAAUAUUCUGGAUAAACCUGCAUUUGCAAGAACCUUGAAUAGCUAGUAUGUUUACAGGCCUUACAUUUGGGAACUGGAAUAUGUUUCACCAAGCAGGUGAGAAAGGAAUAGGACAAUUGCAUUUUGGAGUCAUUAACUACAAACACCAAAAUCCCUUGCACACWUUCUUUUGUUCAGUUAAUUAGCACCAAUUGUCUUACUAUUCUCAUGAGUGAAAUAUGAAUUUGAAUAUGACAGAAAAUUUGUGUAAAGCAUUUCGGUAAUGGUAGUCAAAUGAUGCCAUCCUGAAAACGGCCAGUUUCAUUGUUCUUACUAGCAACCAUCAAUCAUAACUGUGUAAGUUCAUGGUUCCUACUCUGACAACAGCCAACCAAUGAUUGAUGCAGCAUCUUUUCCAGUGAAAUUAACUUCUUGUCCCACAAACAACUGCAUAGUAUCUAUUUUAAAGAGUACUGCAAGUAUUACAAGGCAGUCUUCUUUUAUUUUCACAGAACAGUAAACUAUUGAAACAAUCAAUUUUCUGUGAUCAGAGUUUUAAAUUCUGAGAAAGUUUAGCUAAUUUGUUAAGCCCUGUUUACGCUGGCGAUUUUUGCAGCGAUUCAUUUUGUGGCAAUGUUUGGAAAUAUGAAAAAAACUUUACAAGUAAAUUCUUUACCAUUAUUUAUUAUGGACAAAAUUGCAAAAAAAUCGCCGCAAAAAUUGCUAGUGUAAACGGGGCUUUAGGCUUCUGCGACAUAACAAUGGUAACUAAGGGGAGUUUGAACCAUGAAUAAUUUGGGGGUUCAUAAAAAAUGUGCUGUAUAUUAUGUAGCUUUAUCAUAAAAUGAGUUUAUUACAAAUUAGUUUUUGAAAAAUACCAAUAGAAGUCCAAGUGUUUUUAAUAUAGAGCCACAGCAAAGCUGUAAUUUCAAGCAUUUUUACUUAGAAAGAAUAAUAACUAUUGAGGAGUUGGCAUGGAAAGGAUAAAAUACCUGCAUACAAACAUAGAGAGCUCGUUUUCUAUUGUUCUUAGGAUAUGAAAAGAGUUAUGAUUUAUUAGAGUUUGAGUUUUGAACUCCUUAAAGUAAAAAGAGUGUUGUUAUUAAGUGUACGUUUUCAAAACAAUGUACUGUACAUGAAAAAACUGAUGGGCAAAUGGUAGAGUGAUUUUAUUGGGCCUGGUAGAAAAAAGUUGUAUAAUUAGUGCCUGGCAAUCAAAGUAAGACAAAGAAAACAAUGGACUUUGGGUUUACUAGAGUGCAUACCUGUGAAAUCUGUGAAAAAAAUUGUAAGAAAUUACACAAAUUUGCACAAAUUAGUAAGUACAGUAGACCUCAGUAGACCAUAGACCUAGAAAACUUUGCACUAAUUCGUACAAUUUUGUUAGUUAACUUCUUCACAGAUAUACUGUAUGCAAUCUACUAUAUAUUAUACUUACUAAUAUUUUAUGGGACAAGUUAAGUCACUCUAAUAUCAAUAUACCAAUGUUAUUACAUGUUUGACGUCCAUCUCAAGUUAAAGUUUGGCUUGAAAUACUAGCUGUAAAUGAGAUUAGAACACUUAAUCCAUGCAAAUACGUAGUCGUGUUUUAUUGUCGGUUGACACGUAUUUACUGUUGCAAAGAGUACUUGACGUUGUUUUUGUAUUCUUAAAGGAUGAGACUUGUGUUUAUAGUCUGUUGCAUCAACUUUUUCAUGGUAAUUCUACACUACAGUCAUUAUCUAUCAUCCUUUUUAACACAGUUUCUUAUAUUAUCACAGUGUGAAUAAUCUUAUUAUGAUAGAAAUAGUGGCUAGUGUUGAUAUACAUAUUCAUAGUUAUUUAGUUGUAGGUUGUGUUUGUGUAAACUGUCAGGCAGAGAUCAUUAGCCGUCAGUUAUUUAUGAAGUGACUAGAGAUAACUUACUUUGUCUCUUUAUCUAUAUCACACUGUUGUAUUUCAUGUGAAGUUUUCUCUUAAUAAAUGUUUUGAGUCUGAGUCAGA